AUGAUUUGGACUAGAUCCGCUUGCAUUCUCUCUUUCAUCUUGUUUUUUGUCCACAUAGCAGCUGUAUCGAUUAAGCAUUUUUCUAAAGGAAAUGUACAUGAUGGAGAGUUUGAUGAACAGAAGGAUAUUUCAGAAAUCAACUUAGCUGCAGGCUUGGACCUCUUUCAAGGGGACAUCCUCCUACAGAAAUCCAGGAAUGCCCUGAGAGACCCCACCACCAGGUGGAAGUUCCCCAUCCCUUACAUUCUGGCUGACAAUCUGGAGCUCAAUGCCAAAGGAGCCAUUCUCUAUGCCUUUGAAAUGUUCCGCCUCAAGUCCUGUGUGGAUUUCAAGCCCUAUGAAGGAGAGAGCUCAUACAUCAUCUUUCAGAAGUUUAGCGGGUGCUGGUCUGAGGUUGGCAACCAACACGUGGGACAGAACCUCUCCAUCGGCCAGGGAUGCGACUAUAAGGCCAUUGUUGAACACGAGAUCCUGCAUGCUCUGGGGUUUUAUCACGAGCAGUCAAGGACGGACCGGGAUGAUUAUGUGAACAUCUGGUGGGAUGAAAUUCUUCCAGGUUAUCAGCACAACUUUAACACCUACGAUGACAACUUCAUCACAGACCUCAACACACCCUAUGAUUACGAGUCUUUGAUGCACUACCAGCCUUUCUCAUUUAACAAGAAUGCUAGUGUCCCUACCAUCACAGCCAAGAUCCCUGCAUUUAACUCCAUCAUUGGGCAGCGCCUGGAUUUCAGUGCCAUCGAUUUGGAGAGGCUGAACCGAAUGUACAAUUGCACCACAACUCACACCUUUUUGGACCACUGUGAUUUUGAGAAGACAAACAUCUGUGGGAUGAUUCAGAGUACCAGAGAUGAUGCUGACUGGGUCCACGAAGACAGCACUCAGCCUGGACAAGUGGACCACACCCUCGUGGGACAAUGCACAGGUGCCGGCUACUUCAUGCACUUCAACACCAGCUCAGGGGCAGCAGAGGAGGCAGCCCUGCUGGAGUCUCGGAUUCUUUACCCAAAGAGGAAACAGCAAUGCCUGCAGUUUUUCUAUAAAAUGACAGGGAGCCCUUCAGAUAGACUCAUCGUCUGGAUCAGGAGGGAUGACAGUACGGGCAACGUUCGCAAGCUGGUCAAGGUGAAGACCUUCCAAGGAGAUUUUGACCAAAACUGGAAAAUUGCCCACGUUACACUCAGAGAGGAAAAGAAGUUUCGCUACCUUUUCCAGGGCACAAAAGGUGACCCCAAGAAUUCGAGUGGGGGAAUUUACCUGGAUGACAUCACUCUGACCGAAACCCCAUGCCCCACGGGGGUUUGGACAGUCCGGAAUUUCUCCCAAGUCCUGCAGAAUAUGGUGAAAGGGGACAAGCUCCAGAGCCCUCGAUUUUACAAUUCAGAGGGCUACGGUUUGGGGUUGACCUUGUACCCUCAUGGCAGAAUGAACUCCGGGAGCUCUGGGUACUUGGGGCUUACCUUUCAUCUGUGCAGUGGAGAGAAUGAUGCUGUCCUGGAGUGGCCAGUGGAGAACAGACAGGUAAUAAUGACAAUAUUCGACCAGGAACCCGAUGUCAGGAAGAGAAUGUCCUCCAGCAUGGUGUUCACUACCUCCAAGUCCCAGACAUCUACAGCUAUAAACGGCUCUGUCAUCUGGGACCGUCCGUCCGUCGUGGGGACCUAUGACAGCAGUUGUGCCUGUUUUAGGAGCAUCGACUGGGGCUGGGGUGCUAUCAUCUCCCACCAAAUGCUGAAAAAGAGGAGUUUCCUUAAAAAUGACGACCUUAUAAUGUUUGUGGACUUUGAAGAUAUCACCCACCUUAACCAGACUGAAGUUCCCGUUAAAGACAGCAGGCUGAUCCCCCAAGGCCUCGUUCUCCAAGGCCAGGAGCAGCAGACCUCAGAAGAAGGUUCAAGAAAGGCAUCCUUAGAGAAAGCCCUAUUAGGCAGCCUGGACCAGGGGCAGCACAGUCGACAGAAGCGAUCAGUGGACAACACGGGCCCCCUGGAGGACCACAACUGGCCACAGUACUUCAGAGACCCUUGUGACCCGAACCCUUGUCAAAACGAAGGCAUCUGUGUGAAUGUGAAGGGGAUGGCGAGCUGCAGGUGCGUCUCCGGUCAUGCCUUCUUCUACACGGGGGAGCGAUGUCAGGCCAUGCAGGUGCACGGCAGCAUCCUGGGCCUGAUGAUUGGAGGCACAGCCAGCAUCGUCUUCUUGACCUUCAUCAUCUCCAUCCUUCACCAAAGGCCAAAGCAGUGA